GAUGUACGUGUCUCUCUUUAAAGAAUUGACCGCUGGAGAUAACAGUGUCGACAACGGCAGUACAGUUAUUUGGGAUACAGCUAUACCAAAAUGGAUCUAGAGGAACACGAGGGGGAGGAGCUUGCAUAUAUCAAAAGCACGAGAUGUGGAUAUUGUCAUCAGCAGAAGCCCGUGGAGAAGUCAUGGGCUCUAGAGUCUGUGUCCAAGCUUAUGAAGGACAAGGGUUACUGUAACAGCUCAUCAAUAACGUUUGACGGGGAGGAAUUGUCUUUUCAAAGGUAUGAGCAGUUGAUCAAACAAGGAUGGCGUCGAAGUGGGUCAUUCAUGUAUAAACCUGACUUGCUUCGCUCUUGCUGCAGACAGUAUACGAUACGAACAAAUUACGAAAUGUUUGUCGACGAUAAAUACUACAAUAAGUCCAACAAGAAAUCGAUAAGACGGUUCUACAAGGCCAUGGAGAUGGGGAUAAAUACCGCUACAGGAUCACUUCUAGAUAUGUAUACACAAAAAGAUAAGAAGGGCCGCUUUUUCAGCGUGCUUCUCCCGAACAGUUUUACGAUGGAUAAAUUCCAAUUGUUCAAGAGGUACCAGAUGUCUAUACACAAGGAGAAGGAGUCUGAAAUCAACGAAUAUUCCUUCUAUAACUUCCUUUGCAACGAUCCUUUCCCAGAAGUAACAAAGAGACGGGAAUAUGUGGACUGGAAAAAGGUGAACCAGCAGUGGACCAGUGGCGAAAUCGGGAAGGAAUUACUUGAUCUUCAAGGUCCUGUGCAUGAAUGUUAUUUUAUUGACAACAAGCUCGUGGCGAUCGCAGUUCUAGAUAUCCUCCCUACGACGAUUUCGUCUGUUUAUUUCAUCUGGGACCCCGAUUAUGCACACCUAGGCUUAGGUACGGUCAGUGCUAUCAGGGAGAUAGUCAUGACAAAACUACUUGAGAAAGAUCACUAUUACAUGGGAUUUUACAUUCCGGACUGCGAGAAAAUGGUGUAUAAGGCCAAGUUCGGCGGAGAGAUAAGAAAUUUUGCUGAUGACGAGUCCUUAGAAUGGGUGAAAAUGCUUGAUGUUGACCACCUAAUGAAAGACGGCUUGUUGCGAGUGUUUGCCAAGACUCAAGAUGGAGAAAAGCUUGCAGAAGUUACGGAAAAAAUGUAUGGGGUGGAGGGGUGUCGGGAUGCUGAAGCUCUCGACAGUUUCCGUGUGAUCUCUAAAACAUGCAUCUUUCCCACUCCAUCCAUAAUUCCAGGACUAGACACAAGCAGUCUGUAAAGUAAUUAUGUAUAGGGAGCCUACAGAGACUGACUGCCAGCCUCAGAAAUAUAGUCAGUCAUUAGUUUACCCCACACUCGGCAAAGUCGCCGGCCCUCAAAAAAUUCG